CUUGAUUUGAAGUGCAACAAUCUGCUAGUCAACUUGAGGGAUCCUCAACGACCUAUAUGUAAGGGGUUUUUCUGCACCGCCGAAGCCAUUCUUCUUCACGCUUUUCAGUCGCUCGAAGUAGAAGAACGCUCUGAGUCUCUGAUUCUCUGGUUCUCCUCGAGUUGCUUUGCCAUGGAUCAUCCCGAAACCUUCUUUUAUAGCUCCCUUCUUCCACAGCCGAACCAAGCCCUCAAGCAACAGCUAAUUGUAUAUGCAACUAGGGAAAUAUUGGAGGGCCGCAUCCCAUACCCAGAACAACUUAGGCCCAGGAUCUUAAGUGAUGUCAUACAAUUGCUUGAUCAGUAUCCUUCAUUAGGCCUGACCAGGCGUAGGUUUCAGCCCGAGGAGCCUGCAGUUUUGGUAGUCAGAGGCACCAUUCCUAUAUUUUACACAAACAGAGUCUAUAAAAUUCCAGUUGAGAUAUGGGUGCCGCACAGCUAUCCAACAUCUCCGCCGAGGGCGUGCGUGACUCUGGAUGACCAAAACGCAACAGCAAUCAAGUUACGUCAUCCAUAUGUCGAUGCUAGAAGGGGAGGCCUCAUAAAUGUACCACAUAUGCUGGAUUGGCACUCAGAAAGAACUCUUGUGGUUCUAGUAACCACCAUGUGCGAGUGUUUUAGUCGAGACCCACCCGUACGGGCAGGGCCAGGGCCACCACCACUGCCACCAUCGCCGCCGCAGCUGCAGCCACCUCAUGUGCAAGAAAGGCAGAGGCAAGAGCUAGAGGAAGAGAGGCAUAGGCAAGAGCAAGUGAUGCAUAGGCAGGAGGGAGGAAGACAACAAGCAGCGCAAGAGAGGCGGUCAUCGAGCUUGUGGUAUUCUCUGAUGAGGCGUUUAGCAUUUUUGUGCAUAGUUUGUAUGUUAUUCAGCAUUACGACUUGUUCAUGGUCUACUUUUACACUUGCAGUUCUAGUCUUAGGUUUUGCUUUGUUGUGGUGAUUUCUUAUGUAAUGAUACUCGAUAUGUCAACAAAAAUCACUUGAUUGAAUGCUAAUUAGUUUUUCUGCAAUUUGGCACUUGUGUGCUGCAUUUCUGAGAAUUGUGACUUGCAGAAAUGCAGUUUAAUUGUGACAUGAGAAUUGUGA